AUGCCGGUGCAAACCGUGCCAACGAUACCACAGUCCUCUGGCCGUGUUACGCGCUCGCAGGACGCGUCUGCCAGGCUGAAAUUGGCUAUCCAACCUAGACCACGACUUCAUCGCUAUAGUACUGCUGGAAAUGCGCCCUUGAACAUGCCGAGCGGUGACGAACACGACAACGCUGACAUAGAAGAGCCCCAGUCCAGCUCUCGUGACCCAACCUACCCGCACAAGUCUGAAGCACAAUCAUCAACACCCAUGCCCACACGACGACGCGUCGCAUCAGAUAACGCCGCCCAGGCUCUGUCGCCCUUUGGCGAUUCACACAACAGACGCUUGAGCGGCGUUCGUCGCCCGCGUCCUUCCUCCUCUGAACAGUCUCGCAAGCGCCGUUCGCUCGAAAAGCCCGAAGAGCCCACACCCGGAGCCACCAGCAGCCAACGUGCAAAGCCGAGGCUAUCAGUGCCAUCUCGCAUCCCCGCACCUGUCAAAUCUGCACUAGCGAGUCAAACUACAACAGUGAUGACGCCGGAGCGUCCAGCAAGGGACGUCGACAAUUUGCUCAGGUCGAACCAGGCUUCCCUGAAGAAGCUUUCGUUGGGCGAGGCUGCAUCCAAUGCGGACUGCGAUGCACGCUCCGAGUCAUUUUCGCCUCCAGAGAUGUCGCCCUCUGCUCGCAAGGGCUUGCGGAUGAUGAAUCCACCACAUGCCCGAGCAGAAUCUAGCGACUUGUUGGAGUACUUCUUCGACACACCUCUGGACCCCCCCAAGCUGCUCGCACUUGCUACCGAAUUUCAUCAUGACCAGCCCAAAACACGCGGCUUCGAGCGACAAGUAUCGCAAGCCCACGUUCUCUUUGGGGGCCCUGCAAUCCUUUCACCCGCGACCAAUGAGGUCCCACCUCCUUCUAGUCAACCGGCCGCAUGUGAUGAUGACGAUGACGACGACUUCUUCAAGUUUUCAUCGCCUUCAAAGCCACCUUUUGACGAACCCGGUCUCGUUAAAAAAUUCAAGCCAAGAGACUCUGGGGUAGUCGUCAGUGACGGCUCAGAGCCUGAUUCACCUGUCAAGAGUCGUUCGGCUGUUCGCGAGCUACCUCACCUACGAUUGCCUGUCAGUGGUCCUGGCGUGGAUGGUAUCACGCCAACAUCUCGUGCACUUCGUAGAUCGGCAAAGUGGGGACCAGAGCAUGUGCUAGCUGAUUCGGUGACCGACCAACCUGCUCUAAAAGUACUCUUCGAUCACGCUCCUGGAAAAAAUGAAGCAGAGCCUAAAGCAAGACCACGAACUCCCACGAAAAGAAUCCAAUCCGGGCGUAUGUUUUCUUCUGUCCCUCGUCCUAAGGCCUCCGUUGCGCCCUCAGCCAUUUCCAAAGGCCGCAAGUCUAUGCCCAACUCUCGUUUUGAUCUCGCGGGCGUGAUCCGAUCUCCCUCACCCGAGAAAAAGCCAAUCACGACGGCAAGAUCGCCCAUGAAGCAGCGACCCACCAUUCUGACAGACUUUUUGAAACGAUGCGAUCAAUCUGGCCUCACAAGCGCUUCCUCUUCUGUCGAUAGCAUCUCGGAGGCGAGCAGCUUCGAGGAAACACCGACGCGUUAUCGAGCGGCUAACUUGCUGAGCGCAAUUCAAGGAGCUGGCAACGCCGAACCUCGCCGACCAACAGCGCCUCGCCGCUCGAGCAGCCGCUUCCACAUUAUCACCGCUCGUGUAUCUCAAGAGGAUGAAGAAGGUCGAUUCGCCAACCAGUUUCAAGUUCUUGGAGAGCUUGGCCAUGGCCAAUUCGGUCAGGUUCUUCGGGUCCACGACCGACUCCGCAAUGCCGAAUAUGCCGUGAAGAAGAGCGAGCGGUAUACGGGACCACGCCAUAGAAUGCGUCUCAGAGAAGAAGUUGAUGCCCUCAAAACGCUCACAGAGCGCGGCGGUCACCCAAAUGUGCUACGGUACAUUGACAGUUGGGACGAGGAAGACCAUCUCCACAUCCAAACUGAGCUCUGCCAGAUGGGGAACUUGUCUACGUUCCUCAAUGAGUACGGCAAAAAGUUUGACAAGCUGGACGAGGGGUACAUUUGGAAGAUUGUGGCGGAUGUAGGCGACGGACUCCAAUUCAUCCAUUUUAACGGGUUCAUUCAUCUCGACCUCAAGCCGGCCAACAUUCUAGUCUCUGAUGAGGGUCGCCUAUUGAUAGGAGACUUUGGCAUGGCGAGUGCCUGGCCACGACAGAUGACAGGUGACUUUGAGCGGGAAGGAGACCGAGAAUACAUGGCGCCAGAGAUCUUACGCGGUGUCUAUGGCAAGGCUGCGGACAUGUUCAGCUUUGGUAUGGUCAUCCUCGAGGCCGCUGCCAACAUUGUGGUCCCAGACAUGGGUACGCCAUGGCAGAGACUCCGUCAGGAAGAUUUUGAUGAUGCGCACUUUGAGGGCCUGAGCGCAAGAUUGGUGCAACUUAUACGCGGCAUGAUGCGCACGGAGCCGGGCAAGCGAUUGAUGGUCGACCAAGUGUGUCGAGACGUGAUUGUUGGCCGUGCACGCGCAUGGAUGAAUACGAAACGAGCAGAAGCGGCGCGUGAAGGACGACCGGCCAUCCUUGGUUCUCCAUUGGCGGAGGAGCGGGCGGGCUUUGUGAAACACAUACUGGGCGUGGACGGAAAGGGCCAAUAG